CGUUGUUCUGUCACCCGCGUUUCGGCCUCGUUUGCGAGCCUUUUUGACGAAGAAACGAACCGUCGUCAGUCGUUGUGCCAGCGCCAUAUUGAUCUCCGGGGAUUGCCCAUCUCGCUCACUCGCACUGCAUUGCAGCCUUGAACGGGAACGCUCCAUCGCGACUUUGCGACGAACGAGCGAGCAGACUGUUCAUAAUCGUCUUCUUCUCCGUGUCGUUCACUGCUGCGUGCAGAACGAAGAAAAAUUUGUCUGCCGAAAAUUUCUGAUGAAUUUUUUGCUAACUUUUCUCGUUCCGGAACGAAUGAAAUAUGCCCGAAUGCAUAGCGCCAGUCGCGAGCUUUGGUUUGAAUGUAAAUUUGGCCGGUUAGUGGCCCGUUCGAGCGGUUAAAAUCCGGAUUGAACUGCGAACGCGAGGAAGAAGAGUGGAAAUUUUCCUUGCUGCUGCUGCUGCCCGAGUCGAGUAGGAAGAGUUUCGCGAGGUUGUGGUUCGACGAGUCGAGAGCGAGAGGGCCCCAUCACGGGAGCACACCGUCGUCGGUCGGUCGACUGGAAGACACAUUUCGACGAAGGAAUCGGUAGUGGUGGUGUUUGUUACGUGAAAUCGGUGGCCUCGCAGGAACAGGCGAAGGAACUAACCCGUGUGUGCCGGAACUGGUGUGAUUGGAACUUCGCAGUGACCGUAGAGGGAGGAAAACAGUGAAUACAGACGGGGACAGUGCGCGCUAGUGAAGAACAGUGAGUGAUCCGGAAAGUGGAACGCAUCGCAGCUUUGCGUCGUUGUUUCGGGGGGAGGCAUAGCGCCUCUGCGAGUGUGUGUCAGUUUGCGGGUACUAAAGAGGAACGUCACUAGGGGCAACAAAUGUUCCGGCAAAAUCGGUUCCGCGAAGGAGAAAGUGGAUAUACUAGCGGAAUCCGUAUCGUAUGUGGCUAACCCAGUCAGUGAUGUAAAAGCAAACACCAAAUACCUAGUACAAAUUGCACAUCACUACGCCAACUAGGAAGUUCACAAAUAUCCACCACUAGUGACAAGUGAUAACCAAUAGAAGAGGGAGGCUUAAAUAUACACACACACACCGCCACACAGCCUCGACCUAUGCGUAGCAUAGUACCGACGAAAAGUUUACUGAUAUUAAAUAUUCAGUAACUAAUCACUCAGAGUGCAGUAGCUUGAAUGAAUUUCAACGAAGUGUAAUCUAAUUACCAAAGUAGUUUAGUGCAACAUUACCGAACAAGAGAAGAUUGUAGUAGAAGACGCAUUGCAUUUUCUUGUAACAAGUCGCAUUGAGCAAGUUCGGUCUCCGAUUUAGGAGGAAACGGCUCACAAUCAACGGAACUAGUCUUUGUUUUUUUUUUUUCAUUAUUGAAUUGAGUUGAUCAGGGAAGAGAGAAGAAGUGGCAAACCAGCAUGGAUCGUGAUCGGGAACGGGAACGCGAUCGAGAUCGUGAGCGCAGUCCAAAGCGAUCGAAACAUGCGAAGAAACGUUCAAAAAAGAGCAAAAAAUCUAAAAAGAGGCGACACGCGUCCAGCGACGAAGACCAGUCCUCAUCAGACGAACGGCACAGCAAAGUUCAUCGUAAAAGUGGCGAAGAAAGUGGCCGGAGCAGUGCCACCGGGAACGGAGGCGGCGACGGCCGCUCCAAGGAGGGAGGCGUGGUCGAGUAUUCGGAUGUAAGUUCGGAUGAUUUCUCUGCACCGGAAGCGGGUGAGAUUGAAACCGACGGCAGUGUCUCACCCUUCGCCGGCGUGGCCGGAAAUGAGUCUAGCAGCAAUUUUAGUAGGACGAUCAGUAGCAACGAAAAAAACGCUGCGACGACAGUUCAAUUGUACAGUAAAAAUUCUACUCAAAUUCAGCACGACCGCCUGAUGACGAUAGGUGCGGCUUCGUUGCCAUUUCCUAGUUCAUCUUCGUCCUCGUCGGCACCGGCAGCGGCAGCAACAUCCGCAGCGCCUCCGCCGGCGAACGUAACAAAUGAAAACCGCGUCGAAGUAUCCAGCACGACGAUGAUCGUGCCGAUUCCUUCUUUGGCCGAACUCAUAUCGCAAGGAGGCACUCCUACCGGUUCCGUUACUGUGACGGACGAGGGUGGGCGAAGGGUCAGCAUCACUGCCACGUCGCCUGUUAGCCAAUCGCCACAUUCGCAUUCUUGCCGAUCGAAACGUAAAAACUCAAUAUCAUCCGAUACUUCCUCUAUGAAACAGGCCUCCAAGCUCCAGCUUCAUCUUGAAACUCCGGCUUCGCCAACGGAAGAACCGGAACCGGAGGGCGGUAUGAUGAUGGACGAAGAGUUCGUCGAAGAGGAAGAAGAAUAUGAAAUCGUGGAAGAAGAGGAAGAAGAAGAGGAAGAAACCGUAGGUCGCAAGCGAAAGAAGAGCAAAAAAGACAAGAAACAUAAGAAGAACAAGAAGUCGAAGAAACGGAAGAAGAAACGCGCCAAGUCGAUAUCAAGCAUAGAGACCAUAUCGGAAAGUGAGAAUUCGUUGCUCGAAUAUAUGGAAUCGCUUACGCCACCUCUUCAGGGCACCCCCGACUACGAGAAAACCUACACACCGGUUCGGAAUGAGGAAAGCCUAACGCCACUCUCGCCAGCUACACCCCCAAUUCGGCCAUCCAGCCGGUCACUCAACAGCCCGUACCCAGACUCUUCCCGUGGUCGGAGUCCCCGAGGGCCACCAUCGUCUCGGAAGCUGUACCAGUCCACAUCGUCACCUCACACACCUCCGGUCGGUUCAAAAAGGCCACAGCAACUACAAACGGCGCCAUCUCAGCAGCUGCAGCAUGCCAGUCCGGUCAUGAUCAAUGACAGCCCUACGCCGCGUGGUAACCGGUAUCGACGUACUCCCUCGCCCAGCUCCAGGAAGGGUUCCAGCCGAGACCUGCGGAACAGUCCAAGUCCAAAUGGUCGACACAAGCCUUAUACUCCGCCGCCAUCGAAACGACGGAGGGAUCGAUCACCCCCGGAGAAGGACUACUACCGGAAGGAUAAGCGGUACAGGCCUCGGGAACCGGAAUGGGACCUGCAUGACCGAAGGGGUGAUCCUCCACCUCCGAGGAGGUUUUCAAGGAGUCCCAGUCCAGUAUCUAGCCAUCGGCGAAGGCGUUCGCCAACACCUUCAAAGUCACGAUCUCGCAAGAAUUACUACAGCCCUUCACCGGAUCGAAGUAGGAGUCGUGCUCGUUCCAGGCAUCGCUCUCGAAGUCCCCGGCGACCAUCGACGAGCAAUCGACGGUAUUCGAGAAGCCCCAGUCGAUCGCGUUCUCCCCGCGAUAUUACUUCGAAAAAGAUCGACAUCAAGGAAAAAAUUACCGACACCAGCUUCUUCGCCGAAUUGAUCAAGGACAAGCACAAACGGAUGAAGAAGCUGCAGGAGAUUCUGCAGGACAAGAAGGAUGAGCAAGGAGCGGGAAGCGCAACGCUGAUCAACGAAAAUAGCAUGUCCAAUGAUUGUGUGAUAGCGAGUUCCGAUGGCAGUGGUUUUGCCGUAACGAAUUCGAACGGACUCAAGGAUGUCACUGUGACUGACAUUCCCAUGCCGGAUCAGUCUGACAGUGCAACAACUCGAGCACCGGGUACGCUAAUGACGGAUACUGUGGACUCGAUGGGCGACGGCAUGAGCGCAGACUCACGAAUACCUGUGAUAUUGAAUAGUAAAAGCAGCGAAAGUCUCAAUCCAAGUGCCAGUCAGUCGAGUGAGUUUCUGUCGUCGGGGUUGACGACGACCCUGCCCGGAGGAGUAGCAACAGAAUCAAAACCAACCACCACAGCUGUAAUGAGUAAACCAAAAAGUCUUACGAAUCUACCGAUGCCACCGGGGGUGAACGUGGCCGAACUGGAAAGUGCUCAAACUCCAAGUCCCCCGCGACAAAUCAGCCCAGUGGCCGGUGCUCAAAUGAAAGUGAUGCCCAUUCCCACCCUCACCACAACGGGAGCAAUCACAACAUCAUCAUCAAGUGUCAACAACAGCAACAACAAUAGUCACCAUCAUCAUCAUUCGCAUCAUUCACACCGCCACAAGAGUGGAAGCAGCAGUAGUAGCAGUAAGCGUAGUAGUAACGAACACAAACAACCAUCCUCGGCGCCAUCGUCAUCGGUCAAGAAGGGUCUACUCAGCUUACCGCUGCCACCUAUGGUACCUGGGUCGGAGGAUCUGAGUGGCGACGAUGACAUCGGUUCGCCACCGUCCCUGUCGGGGACCCCGACGAAGAAGUCUUCUAGCAGUGGUAAAUACGGCAGUAAAUCCAGUAGUUCCAGUAAGAAACCAAAAGGCCGUCCUCGGAUACUGAACCGAAGGCACUCACGCAAUAUGCUCGGGCCCAUGUCGGCGUCCGGCGGAAAAGACUGGGGUGAACGGUGCGUCGAUGUGUUCGAUAUGAUCGAACAAAUCGGCGAGGGAACGUACGGUCAGGUGUACAAAGCUCGUGAUCAGGAAACCAACGAACUGGUGGCCCUGAAGAAGGUUCGCCUGGAGCAUGAAAAAGAAGGCUUCCCGAUUACGGCAGUACGCGAAAUCAAAAUCCUCCGACAGUUGAACCACAAGAACAUUGUCAACCUGCGGGAAAUCGUCACCGACAAGCAGGACGCGCUCGAGUUCCGCAAGGACAAGGGCUCGUUCUAUCUGGUGUUCGAGUAUAUGGAUCACGAUCUGAUGGGACUGCUCGAGUCGGGCAUGGUGGAUUUUAACGAGCAGAACAAUGCCGGCAUCAUGCGGCAGCUGCUCGAUGGACUGAACUACUGCCACAAGAAAAACUUCCUGCAUCGGGAUAUCAAAUGUUCCAACAUUUUGAUGAACAACAAGGGUGAAGUUAAACUGGCGGAUUUUGGAUUAGCUCGAUUAUACAAUGCUGACAACCGGGAGCGGCCGUACACGAACAAAGUGAUCACACUUUGGUACCGACCGCCGGAGUUGCUCCUGGGCGAGGAACGGUACGGUCCGGCGAUCGACGUGUGGAGCUGUGGGUGCAUCCUAGGGGAACUGUUCCUCAAGAAGCCACUCUUCCAAGCCAACCAGGAACCCGCACAGCUGGAAAUGAUUUCCCGGUUAUGCGGCACACCGACGCCGGCCGUAUGGCCAAACGUAAUCAAGCUGCCGCUGUUCCACACGUUGAAGGCGAAAAAGCAGUACCGACGGAAGAUCCGCGAGGAUUUUGUCUUCUUGCCCGCGUCCUGCUUGGAACUUUUGGACAAAAUGCUGGAGUUGGAUCCGGACAAGCGGAUAACGGCCGAAGCGGCGCUCAACUCGGCGUGGCUCAAGAACGUCGUGCCCGAUCAGCUACCACCACCACAGUUGCCCACGUGGCAGGACUGCCACGAGCUUUGGAGCAAGAAACGGCGAAGGCAGCUCCGAGAGCAACAGGAAUCCGCUGCUAAUCUUCCUCCCGGUAAGCCAACCAUGAUCAAAGCGGCCUCCGCCACCGCUGUCCCCACCGGCUCGGGUGGUGCCAUUCGAGCACCUGUGGCCGGUGGCGGUGCCGAGUUAGGUUAAGGCAAAAGAGAAACACGAAAUCGUGCGGAAAAGGUGUGUGUAUUAAUCGAAUCAACUGGCUGGCGUAGGGUCUUGUUAAGCGCUGAUAGUGAAAACUUAAAGAGUAAGAGAGAGAGAGACAAUAAAGCGCCGCUGGCGGAUGUGGACAACCCUGUUGGAGUGGAAAUGGUAAGGUUGAUGGUGACGCCCCAUGCCUAACUGUGUAUGAUGGUGGUAUAAUUGUGACCGCGACGAAGCAGUGAAGCUCGGCGGGGAAGCUGGUUCUUCCUUCCGUUUCGAAGGGUUCAAGUACCGGCUUCUUCUUCCUUGUUGUUGUUUAUUUUAGGAUUUUUUUCAGUUUUUUUCCGAGGGAGGGAACGAACAAUAGACUUAAACAGUGGAAACUGUGUGCGCGUUUUUUUUUUUUCUAUUUUUAUGAAUGAUCGAAAGGAUGUGUGGAAUCUUAUAGAAAAUAUAGUGUAUAAAAGUAAAGUUAGUAGAAAGCCUGUACUAAAUUGUAAAUAUAAUUUUGUGCUAGUUAAUUGAGGCGCAGACAGAUUUUAUUCUUUCAAUCCACGUCCCAUCAGCCUCAAUUAAUUGGCAUAAAAUUGUACUUAUUAGCAUUUUGCUAAAUAGACAACCCAGAUAAGAUGUGAAAGAGAACUAUGAACAUAUGAGAUAACGAGUUAAUGGAGAUCAAACAAAAAAUAUAUUGCAUAAAAAGCAACCUAGGAUAACCAGCUGUAGUAUCCUUGUAAAUUUGUUAUCGAUUGAUAAUUAGCAUAAAGAAAUAAACUAUUUUCAACCAA